AACUUUAGCCGCUUGAUGUGAGUGGUGUUUGUUUUCAUUGCCACUUGUCACGAUAGGGUUUUGCCACGUUUUUUUUUCUUUUUUAUAAAAAAAAAGUAAUUGUUUUGAUUUUGACGGUUAUGUGUUAUGAUGAAAAAGUGUUGUAUUUAUGUAUUUUUCUUUUAUUUUUUUCAUAUUAUUUUCGAAUCUAAAUUUUGUAAUUGGUAUUCUCUCUCAUUUCAACUGUUCAUCUUCUUCCCCAUUUUCCAGUUUGCUUAGACGGUUGUAAUAGUGGGUAGUUUUUUCAUUUUAAAAAUUUUCAAAUCCCAUCCCACUAUCUUAAACUUCCCUCUCAUUUUCCCUCCCAUUUUUAUUAUUUUUGUCUAUAAAUACCUUCAUAGUUCUUCAUAAUGGCCGUUACUCGUUCAUCACCAUCUCCGGCCAAAGUUACAAAACCCAGAAAACAAUCCCAGAAAACCAGACCCAAAUCAAAAAUGGGUAAAAAAAAUCUGAAAGAGAACCCUCCUAGCCCCACUUCCCCUUCUGUUAAGAGAAAAACCAUUGCUGGACCUUCGAAGAACACUAGAGGAAAAAGACCUCGAACUGUUGUUGAAAAUUCAGACUCAGAUUUUGAGUUGGAUUCUGAAUUUCUUAAGUCGCCUGUUUCUGUUAAGGGCAAGGGUAAAUCCCCUGUGAAGGUGUUGCCAUCAUCAGGUGUUUCUGAAGAAAUUCCUGUUAAUAGGACGGUUGAGGAUUGGGAAUGCAAGUACACUCGAUCUCAAUUUUAUCAUUCUGUGAGUAGUAACAUCUCAAUUUGGGUUUGUGUCCAAGGGAAAUACCUUAGGUUUAGUAUUGAAGAGUUUGCGUUGGUCACGGGGUUAGAUUGUCAUGUUGAUUCUGAUUUUUAUAAGUUUAAGCAAGAUGAUAAUGAAUUGGUCAAAUCUUGUUUUAAGGGGUACAAAAAAAUUACCAAGGCUGCUAUUCAGACUGCUUUUAUUGCUGACAAUCUUAAGGAUAACGACGAUCUUGCAGUGAAGUUGGCUGUAUUGUAUUUUGUGCAGUGUUAUUUGUUAGGUGGUCCCCCGGGUAAAGUUGUUUCGUUUGAGGAAAUAGAUGUUGUGGAUAGUGGUCGAUAUAAUGAAUUUGGGUGGGGCAAGCAUUGUUUUGAUAUCACUAUGCAUUCUUUGAAGGGUAAGAUAGAUUCUGGUUAUAAGAGGGUAGUUCGUAGUGACGAGGAUGGUGGGUAUUACAGGUUAUUGGGUUUUCCUUUGGCUAUUCAAUUCUGGUUUUUCGAGUGUUGCCCGUAUGUUAUUGGGAAACUAUCCUUGUACUCAAAUGUUGGCAUUCCAAGGAUCUUGAAUUGGCCUAAAUUACCCAAGGACAAGGAGGGUAUGGUGAAAAUGGAUGUCAUGAACACCCUCAUUUUCGAUCGGUCUUUGAAAGAGUUAAAAUUAAGAAACCUCACUCCAACUUCCGUUGAGAGAUUGAGUUUGAGCCUCACUGAUUUUUCUCCUGGUGAGACUACUCCCGAGGCCGUGAAAUUCAAAAUUAAAGGUGGUUCCAAGCCUCGUCGGUCAACUCGGCUUGAUGGGCAAGGGAUUCUUAUGAAAUCUGUCGAGAUGAACAAGAAGCUGGACAUUCUUAUUGAGUCAUCCCAAGGUGGUCCCACUCACAAUGGAUCUCAGUCUGAAGAUGCUCUUCGUACUUCAGAAAAUGAGGAUGAUGAAGAUUCCACUUCGGAGGAAGACGAGGAUGAUAAAUUCGACGAUGACAAGGGAGAUGAUCAUCAUGACGAUGAAACCGAUGAUGAUGAUGAUGAUCCGGUGGAGAUGGUGUUGGUGCCGGCAUCUAAAUCGAGUUCAUCCCCUGCUUCUCCCGAUGAUUCCGUGUAUAAGGUCGUUAAAUAUGUGCGUGGUUUGUGCCCGUUGGACAACAAGAUUGGUGAACCCGUUGAUCCGCAAUUGGAAGCCGAUUUUGUCAAUGAUUGUGGUGUUUUUGUUGCAUCAUUUGCUGAGUAUUUCAUUGAUGGCAAACCCAUCCCAUCCUCUGAUUUUGAUGUGGAAAUUCACCGCGAUCGUUUGGCUGCGUAUUUUAUCAGUAUGGGAUGA